UCCUAUCUGAUUGGGUCCGAUGGCAAACCACAUAUUUUCUCGACUGAACGAUUGAAAGAGAUCACAGCCACCGUAAUCUCGCAAAUGGCCAAUAAUGGGCUACGUACAAUCUGUGUCGCCUACAAAGACUACAUUCGAAAAGGUGUCCGCGAUGUGGAAAAUUAUGAGAUUCCGUUUGAAAAAGAUGAGGAUAUCGAUUGGAAUGACGAGGAUGAAAUAUCGAAAAACUUUGUGGGCAUUGCUAUCUGUGGAAUACAGGACCCCGUUCGACCAGAGGUGCCAGCGGCUAUUGAGAAGUGUAAGAAAGCUGGAAUAACCGUUCGUAUGGUUACCGGUGAUAAUAUUAACACGGCUAGAGCGAUCGCCAUGUCUUGCCGGAUCCUAGAGCCUGGUGAGGAUUUCUUAGCCCUAGAAGGAAAGGAAUUCAAUGAAAAGUGA